AUGAUGUGUUUUCGAGCUCGCGGAGCAAAAAUAGCGAAGCUACGGUAGGUUGAGCUCUUGAAUACCUACAAAUUUUUAUGUGCACAUUUUUAUGUGAGAUUCGAAUUGAAAUAGAUUGGAUUUGUCCGCACCGCGUCGCGAAAAUGGGCGGAGCCACCUUAGAAAUUGCACAUUUUUCGGGUUUAAAAAGGGAAAGCAGAGCUCAUUUCUUAGCUCAGGGCAGGUGUUUUUUUUCUGAAAAUGAAAGACACUAUUUAUAAGUUGAAUUCUGAUUCGGAGCAUUUUUAUGUCAACAGCUUCAGCUUCGAAUUUAGAACACUUUGAGCCCAAACAUGAGCAAGCUUUGGAUCAAAAUGCUCCAAAUCCCAAGUGGAUUCUGAAAAUCUGAUUUUCAGCCAGACAUUUGAGCCCAAAAAUGCUCAUGUUUGAUAUCAAAUUUCAGGUUGAAAAUUGGAUAUCUAGAAUCCACGUGGAAUUUGGAGCAUCUUGAGCCCAAAAAUGAGCAAGUUUGGGCUCAAAUUGCUCCAAAUUCCACAUGGAAUCUGAAAACCACCUUUUCAGCAUGAAAUUCGAAGCAAAUUUCAGCGGUUUCUCUGCUCAACGCAGGUGAAAAGUUUCCAAAAAUAAAUAGAAAUAGGUUCUAAUUUACUCAAAACGCAUUUUUUUCUGUGUCAAGGUCUAAACCAUAACUUAUUCAUGAAUUUCUUCUAGUUUUUUGUUCGUUGGAGCAAAAAGAAAUUCGUUUUUUGUCGAAAAAACCGAACAAUUGUCUCAGUUUUCGACUCUGGUUUUUGAGGUUUACGCUUUAAAAAUCGGGAAAAUUUUUUGAAAUUUUCCGGAGGACUAGCUUUUGCUGAUAGACAAACUAGUCCCCGGGUUGUUGAAGAAGCUUGAGAUGCUCAAAAUGCCACGUGGAAUCUGAAAAUCCUGAUUUCACCUGAAAAUUUGGAGAAUUUCGAAACCAAACGUUUCAAAUUCUCUAGAUUUCAGGUUAAUACCGGGAUUUUCAGAUCCAACGUGGAAUUCUGAGCAAAACUGCUUCAAACCAAGCAGAGACUAGGAUUUUUCACACGGGGACUAGAUUUCACAACAAUGCGAAACCUAGUCCCCUAUUCUGUUUACUAGCCACAAAUGUUCAUUCAAAAAACCCACUGAUCCGUGUACAAGCCGAAAAUAUCAUCUUUCUCCGCCAUUUUUUUCACACGGCAUGUUAUUUAGCGGCCGGAAAUUGCUUAUACCACGAAAAAAAAACACAUAGAUUUACCUACGUAUGUAUGCAAAUUAGUUCCAUUCACAGACUUUUCUAUUCAUUUUCAGACAAAAGCUGAGAAAGAAAGAAAUGUCGAAGAGUUCAAACCUAUUAAAAACUCAUUUUCCCGCCCGUUUUUGCUUCUUCGAAAACGCGAAAAUUAGACAUUUUUGCAGUCUCGAAACAAUGCUGGGUUCAAAGAUUGUCGUGUUCGUCGUUUUUUGCUUGGCUGGAGCGAGUUUGGCCAUUCCACAAAGUCCACUUAUUGGUGAGUUGGGCUAACUUUGAAAUCAUCGAGAAAAUGAGGGGUUUCUAAUUGCCACGUGGAGAAGUUCACGUUUUAUACGAAAAAAAACGUUGAAAAAUGAAUUUUUCAAGGAAAAUCUAAUUUUUAGCCUAAAAUAAUUUUUGAGAAGAAAAUUUGGGCCUGAAAAUUGAUCUUAGGCCUAAAUCAAGGCUCAAGCCUAACGUUAUAGUUCUCAAAAUUAAGCCUAAGAUAAACUGCCAACCAGUUUUCCCGAAAAAGCUGAAAUUUAAGUCAGAACUCUGAUUCUAAGCAUAAAUCAUGGCUUAAGCUCAACUAAAUAUAAUGAUUUUGUGCCCCUAAGCCCUUUAUCAGUCCUAAAUCUAAGCACCACAUUCCAAAACCAAGAUUUUACCUAAAACAUCAAAUCCCCCUUGAAAAAUCAGAUUUUUCCACCCGUUUUCCUCUGGAAAUCCAAGUUUUCCCGAUUCUCGAGCCAAAAAGCUUAGAGACAACACAAUUUUCACCCGAAAAACGCCGAAAACCCCCAAAAAAACUGAAAAAAACAAAAAAAUAAAAAAAAACCGAGGAAGCGCCAGCGAAACUCGAAACGCGCCAGUGUUUUGCAGCUGGCGUGUUUUGUGUGCGGAGGAGGAAAUUUGAAUUUUUCCUCGAAAUCGCUCGUUUUUCUUGAAUUUUACACAUAGUUAGGCUAAUUUCCGGUGAAACGAUUGAUUUUUCCAUCCAAAAUUCAUGAUUUUCCAGGUGUGAACAUCGGUUGCACCCACAAUUCCAUCGAACAAUUCUGCCAUCCCGAACACAUGUUCUGCAUCAAAAGUGCGUGCAGUCAGUGCAUUUUGAGAGAUCGAUACAAUCCAACAAGUGAGUUUUUUGCAUUUUUUGUCGAAAAUUAUCUAGAACUUUGAUUUUUCACUGAAAAAUAGAAAUUUUAUGAGAAAAUUCGUUUUUUCCAUGAAUUUUUCAUUAAAACACCCUCUAUCAGGUGAUUUUGAAUAAUUUAUGAGAAUUUUUGAAGAACAUGAAAAAUAUUUUGAAAAAAAUGAAAAAAAGUUUGCCGGGAGCAAAACCCGAACCUGGGUCUCCCAAUUGGCAAUCCAGAACUCUACCACUGAGCCACGCGCGCUUUUUUGCAGACUCGUUCUGCCAUCGUUUGACAAAUUGCGUCUGUUCGAUCAGCAACGAUGAGAAUUGUGUGGAGAAAAUUCAAAAUACCUGCUUCUAA